UGCAGCACCGCCCCUCCCGCCGGGCGGGGCUGAGUGCUGCAGUCAAGCAUCUUCAGCAGCAUCCGGUACCAGAAUCAGACUGCAGAACUCAGAGUGCAUACCGACACCGAGCCGAGUAGUAGCAGAACAGCAGGUUUGGGAUCAGGAUGUUUGGCGGUGUGUCUCAACGGAUCCAACAGGAUCGGGACCGAGCUGGAGGUUUAGGCUCGGUCCAGCAGGCGGUCCGGUACAUGAACCAGGACUUCCAGGCCUUGAAGGAGGAGUGCCUGCAAACCAAAACCCUGUUCCAGGACCCCAUGUUCCCAGCAGAACCCACCUCACUGGGCUUUAAAGAACUUGGACCUCUCAAUGCUAAGACCAGAGGAGUGGAGUGGAAGAGACCCACGGAGCUGUCAGCUAACCCUCAGUUCAUUGUGGGUGGAGCCACCAGGACAGACAUCUCUCAGGGGGUGCUGGGGGACUGCUGGCUGCUGGCUGCCAUCGGCUCACUGACUCUUAACCAACGGCUGCUCCACCGGGUGGUUCCUCAUGACCAGAACUUCAACCACCAGUAUGCUGGCAUCUUCCACUUCCAGUUCUGGCAGUUUGGGGAGUGGGUGGACGUGGUGAUCGAUGACCGGCUGCCAGUUAAAGAUGGAGAGCUGCUGUUUGUCCACUCAGCAGAAGGAAGCGAAUUCUGGAGUGCUCUACUGGAGAAAGCUUACGCUAAGUUGAAUGGAUCAUAUGAAGCUUUAUCUGGCGGCAGCACCACUGAAGGUUUUGAGGAUUUCACGGGUGGCGUGGCGGAGAUGUAUGAGCUGAAGAAAGCUCCCAGAGAUCUCUACCGGAUUAUCGGCAAAGCUCUGGAGAGAGGAUCAUUGUUGGGAUGCUCUAUAGAUAUCACCACUGCCUUUGACAUGGAGGCCAUCACCUUUAAGAAGCUGGUGAAAGGCCACGCCUACUCAGUGACCGGCCUCAGGCAGGUGGAGAUCCGUGGGCGGCAGGAGCGUCUGAUCCGGAUCAGGAACCCCUGGGGUCAGGUAGAGUGGACCGGAGCCUGGAGCGACAGCUCCUCAGAAUGGAACUACAUUGAUUCUGCAGAGAAGGAUGAGAUGCUGUGUAAGAUGGAGGAUGGGGAGUUCUGGAUGUCUUUCCAGGAGUUUCUGCGUCAGUUCUCACGUCUGGAGAUCUGCAACCUGACUCCAGAUGCACUGAGUCAGGACGCCACCAGCUUCUGGAACACCAAGAUGUAUGAGGGCAGCUGGAGGAAAGGAAGCACAGCCGGAGGCUGCAGGAACCACCCGAACACAUUCUGGAUCAACCCUCAGUAUAAGAUCUCUCUGCUAGAGGAGGAUGAUGACCCCGAGGAUGACGAGGCUGCCUGCAGCUUCCUGGUGGCACUGAUGCAGAAGGAUCGCCGUCGGUACCGCCGCCAUGGCCAGGACAUGCACACCAUCGGCUUUGCUAUCUAUGAGAUUCCUAAGGAGUUCCAAGGUUCUCCAGGUGUUCACAUGAAGAAGGAUUUCUUCCUGCGUCAGUCCUCGUGCGCUCGCUCUGAGACCUUCAUCAACCUGCGAGAAGUGAGCUCCAGGUUCCGUCUCCCGCCCGGAGAGUACCUGAUCGUCCCAUCUACGUUUGAACCCUUGAAGGAGGCAGACUUCAUCCUGAGGGUUUUUACUGAGAAACAGUCUGAGACAGAGGACAUGGAUGAUGUGAUGGUGGUAAACCUCGAUGAAGAGGACGAAAUCUCUGAGAGCGACAUUGACGACUCCUUUAGGUCCAUGUUUGCUCAGCUGUCCGGAGACGACAUGGAGAUCUCUGUGGGGGAGCUCAGAACCAUCCUCAACAGGGUUGUCUCCAAACACAGAGACCUGCAGACUGAUGGAUUUAGCAUGGAGUCUUGCAGGUCCAUGGUCAGCCUCAUGGAUAAAGACGGCAGCGCACGGCUUGGUCUGCUGGAGUUUCAGAUCCUCUGGAACAAGAUUAGGAAGUGGUUGGGAAUUUUCAGAGAGUUUGAUCUGGAUAAGUCCGGCUGCAUGAACUCCUACGAGAUGCGCCUGGCGUUUGAAAAUGGCGGAUUCAAACUGACCAACAAGCUGUAUCAGAUGCUGAUCGCUCGAUACGCUGACAACGAGAUCAUCGACUUCGACAACUUUACCUGUUGCCUGGUCAAACUGGAGACAAUGUUCAAGACCUUCCAGGGCCUGGACAGAGAUGGGACUGGAACUGUGGAGAUUAAUCUCAUCGAGUGGCUCUUUGUGACCAUGUGUGGCUGAAACUCAGAGCGCCCCCAAGAGGACGGAUGAGAGGAAAACAACCAGACUGAGAAGAUGCUGCUGCUCCACUGUGCUGCAAUACUACCACAAUACUCCAAUAUUAAUAUGAUAUUGAAAUGGAAAGUAGUACAAUAGUAAUGUGCCAGAGUGGAGCCUCAGUUUGAUUUGAACAUAUUUAUUGACAUUUAAUCAUAUUUACUAAUAUUUAUCUGUUAAUAUUCAUAAACUUCAUAAAAUGCAUGAAUCCAAACAGCUUGACCUAACCUCAGAAGACUCAGCAGGUCAGGUGAGAUGACUCAUCCAUACAGAGAGCAGGUGGGUCCACCUCAGAAAGUUCUGGUUCUGGCUUUCAGCUGCAGUCAGAGUUUCUGUCAGUAAAUUAAGAAAUGAACUCAUAAAUGACAUAAGCUUCAGAUGGUUUAUUUUAAAGUGGCUCCAUUUGAAAAAUAAAUGUGAUGAAUCUGUAGUAAUUGGAUGUUUUUGACUCUUAAACAGAGUUUAGACAAACUGCAGCCUGCAGACCUCCUGAUCUUCAUUACAUCUUCAUCUAUCAGCUGUCAGAGACUGGCUGCAGGAACAUCUUCAUUCAGCUCCUACUACUCUGCUGUACAACCAUCUACAGCACAUGAAUUGUAACCUCCUUCCUGCUGUACCACUCUGCACCGAUAGAUGGCGCUGUAACUUCUCUGUAUUCAUGUUCUCAUUGCCUGUGAGAACCAACUCUAGGUUCUUUGUUUUAAUAAAGUGAACCAGAUCA